AAAAUUCAGUUUGCAGACAGUUAAUUAUGGAGGACGGCAUGGAUUUUUUGUUGUCCCAAUGUGCGGAAUCUAUAGAAAAUCAAAUAUUUAUGGAAGAUUCGUUUGAUUCUUUAACUCUUUCCCAAAUAAGUGAAUUACCGGAAAUGAAGAAUGAACUCGACAUGGACGUUGAUUUUGAUAUAGGAGAUGUUUUACAAAUGUUGGAGACUGCUGCUGAAAACGUCCAAAAUUCGACCACUUCCGAAUCUGAAGUUGACGAUAAAAUGAAAAAAGAACGAUUUGGUCAGGUUUCAGAUGAUGAAAUUCAACGUUUAAUUGACUCCCAAACAAAUUCAAAUACGCGCAAGAAUACCAAGUGGGCGAUUGAGACAUUUAACAAGUGGCGUAUCGCGCGGGUCAAUGUACCACUGUUGACCGAGAUGACGAGUGAAACUCUUAAUUACUGGAUGCAACGAUUUGUUUUGGAGGUUAGAAAACAAGACGGAUCGGAAUACCCACCGCGUUCGCUCUACUACAUUGUGUGUGGUUUAUUACGUUACGAGGGAUGAAAACAUUCACAAUAUGAACUUUUUAGACGAAAAGGAUCACAGAUUUGCUGUAUUUCAGCGGGUUUUGGACGCGCGAAUGAAAGAACUGCUGUCAAAGGGAUUAGGAACAAAAGUUCGCCAGGCGGAUCCAAUUUUACAAGAAGACGAAGAAAAAUUUUGGAGCCAAAAAGUAUUUGGUAUGCAUUCUUCUAAAGCGUUGCAAUACACAGUGUUUUUCUAUAACUGUAAACUGUUUGGGCUACGUGCGUAUGAUGAACACAAAUCACUGGAAUGCGAUCAGUUUGAUUUAGGCUGUGAUGACAGAGGGAAAUACAUCCAUUUUCAUGGACGAUCAUCAAAAACUUAUAAAGGAGGCCUAAGGCAUAUUCAGUUGCAAAACAAGGACAUCAAACACUACUGCCUCAAUGCGGAGAGAUGUCUGGCUGACUUUUACCUGGCAUAUAUCGACGCCCUCGGACACAGGGGUCCAUUUUACAGACGACCUUUGGCAAGUGGUAUCAAGUACAGCGAGCAGGUUCUUGGGAUAAACAAAAUCAAGGGUCUGAUGAAAGAGAUAACCAGAAACGCUGGACUUGUCGGGAAUUUUACAAAUCAUUCCGGUAAAAGGACUUGUGCUACCCAGCUGUAUCAAGCGGGCGUCGACGAGCAAGAUAUCAUGAGUAGAACCGGUCAUAGGUCCGAAUCCGCUGUUAGGAAGUACAAGCGUACAAAUUCCGUUCUUCAAGAAAGUGUUUCGAAAGUUUUGGAUCCGCCUAAGAAGACGAAAUGUGAGAUUGCAUUAACGCCCGAGAUUGAUCUAGAUGUAUCGCCAUUAUUAGGAAAACAUCCCGACAUCGACGAGAAAAGUGAUUCCUCGAAGUCAGUCUUUAACAAUUGUGUUUUUAAUUUUACGGUAUAAAACAAAUGCGUGUGAAUUUUUAAAACUAUGCACUUUUGGAUCCUAAUUUUGCACUCGGUUCAGUGUCAUGCUUAAAAAAGUUUGUGUUUUGAUAUAUGCAAGGAAACAUUUUUUUUUCAUUAUUUUGUCAAUAAAUCUGUUU